CAUCAAGUGAACCAAUUAAUAAUAAUCAUAGAAGAAAAAUACCACGAACUGAUUGAGUUUCAUUAAGAUCAACAAUACAAGGAAACAUUAACAACAAAAUCAAUUAGUUCAUUAUCAAAUUUAGCUAAAUAUCAAAAAUCAUCAUCAAAAUCAACAACAACAAAUGAAUCAUCAAUAUCAAAGAAAACUUCAUCAAUAACACCUGUAGAAAAUGUACAUUUUAUUUUACAUAUUAAUGGACAAAAAAGACAAUGUAUUUUACCAAAAACUACAUGA